CUUUUUCGUUCACUCAAAAUCUUAUCACAUCACCUUUGGGGAUAUUCUUGAGAGUCUUCUUCAGUACUUCUCAGAUUGCCCAUCAUGAAGACCACUUGGAAGGAUAUCGCCCCUGUGCCCACGCACCAGGAGUUUUUGGAUAUUGUCCUCAGCCGUACGCAGAGACAAUUGCCGACUCAGAUUCGUGCCGGUUUCAAUAUCAGUCGUAUCAGAGGCUUCUAUACCCGAAAGGUCAAAUAUACUCAAGAGACAUUCUGCGAGAAGUUCCAAGCUAUCUUGGACGGAUUCCCCAGAUUGCAGGAUAUUCAUCCUUUCCACAAGGAUUUGAUGAACACACUUUACGAUGCCGACCACUUCAGAAUCGCUCUGGGUCAGGUUUCUACCGCUAAACAUCUGAUCGAAACCGUCUCCCGCGAUUAUGUCCGUCUCAUCAAAUACGCCCAGUCUCUGUUCCAGUGCAAGCAGCUUAAGCGCGCGGCCCUCGGUCGGAUGGCCACCAUUUGCCGACGCCUCAAAGACCCCCUGGUCUACCUGGAGCAGGUCCGUCAGCAUUUGGGCCGUUUGCCGUCUAUCGACCCCAACACCCGGACUCUUCUAAUUUGCGGGUACCCCAACGUCGGAAAGUCCAGCUUUUUGCGCAGCAUCACACGUGCUGAUGUCGACGUUCAACCAUAUGCUUUCACGACUAAGAGUUUGUUCGUCGGUCAUUUUGACUACAAGUACUUGCGAUUCCAGGCCAUUGAUACCCCCGGAAUCCUAGACCAUCCCCUGGAGGAGAUGAACACGAUCGAGAUGCAAUCCAUUACCGCCAUCGCCCAUCUCCGGUCCGCGGUCAUGUACUUUAUGGAUCUCUCCGAGCAGUGCGGCUACUCCGUCGCCGACCAAAUCAAGCUGUUCCACAGCAUCCGCCCGCUGUUCGCCAACAAGAUUGUCUUCCUUGUAGUCAACAAGAUUGAUGUCAGGCGCCCCGAGGAUUUGGAGCCCGAGUACCAGCAGGAGCUCCAAACAAUUCUCAAGUCUGGAGAUGUGGAAAUGCUGCAGUUGUCUUGCACUACUACUGAAGGCGUGACUAACGUGAAGAACGCCGCUUGCGAUAAGCUCCUGGCCGAGAGAGUGGCGCAGAAACUUAAGUCUGGAACAAACAGCUCCGGUACCCCUGGUGGACGACUAGGUGACGUCCUGGCCCGUAUCCAUGUUGCAAAGCCCAUGGGUGGUGUCCAGCGUGAAACCUUCAUUCCUGAGGCCGUCAAGUCACUCCAGAAGUAUGACAAGGACGAUCCCAACCGGAAAAGGUUGGAGAGGGACAUCGAGGAGGAGAAUGGUGGUGCUGGUGUCUACAACAUUGAUCUCAAGAAGACCUACGACUUGGCCGACGAUGAAUGGAAGCACGAUAAGAUUCCUGAAGUGUGGAACGGCAAGAACGUUUACGAUUUCGUAGAUCCCGAUAUUGAGGCGAAAUUGGCUACUUUGGAGGAGGAGGAAGAGAAACUGGAAGCCGACGGUUAUUAUGAUUCUGAUGAGAGCGUUGAAGAUGCUGAAGAUGCAGACACCCGCAUGAAGGCAGACCUCAUUCGCGAAAAGCGGGCUUUGAUGCGCAACGAGGCUAAGAUGCGCAAGUCUCUGAAGAACCGCGCUGCUAUCCCUCGCAGCGCCAAGGCCAAGACACUGUCGCAGAUGGAGAACGCUCUCGAAGAGGCCGGCUACGAUGUCGAUGCUGCCUCGUCUCGUGCCCGCUCCAAGAGCCAAGCCCGCGGGCGUGCCAGUACUCGCGACGCUGAUGGCGAUGAUGCCAUGGAUGUCGACAUGUCCGAUCCUCGCCAGGCUAUUGCCAAGGCCAAGGGCCGUGCUCGCAGCCAAGCAGCAACCAACCGUCUACUAGACGGUGUUACCAGUGAUACGGCACGCAGCAAGGCCGAGCGUCUAUCCAAGCUGGGUCAGAAGAAGAUGAACCGGAUGGCAAGACAGGGAGAAGCUGAUCGCCACACUACUGCAUCUCUGCCCAAGCACUUGUACACUGGCAAACGUACCAUCGGCAAGACUCAACGUCGGUAAAGGCUUUGUCUUCGAGUGUGGAGUGCACGGUGAGACAGUUUCGCCACCCUUUAAUAUAUCUCAUCUUCUAUAUGUCAUGAACUGGGUGUCAAAAAACAGGGCGUCGGGGGUUAUUUCAUAUGUUUGAUUGUUUGUUGCAGUCGAUGGUCUCUGGAUGAAUUAUACUGCUGCGUAAAUACCUGAGGUUGUUCAGGCCCAACCGAAUCACCAUUUAUCGGCUUGAUUGAUUUGAAUAUUCUGAUGAACAUGAGGACGAAGAUAGAAAGAAAAUUUGAUUAUUCUUGUUUUGAUUUACUUGCCAUCUUGAGCACUCCUUAGCAGUCUGCUAUAUUUAGUGCUUUUAAAUAUGGGCAUCUUCUUGGUACAUCAAGGUACCAACUGGCCAACUGACCUCACGAUAUACAUACUAAACCACCAUACACUUAAGCAUCGUUUGUCAAGGACGUUGGUCUCUUACACCAUGUGGUCUUUUUCACUUGAUCUUAUCCUUUAC